AUGGCGCGAAAAGACUUUCAUCACCCGUUCCAACCAUACGACAUCCAGCAACAAUUCAUGGAGGCCAUGUACGACUGCAUCGAAGAAGGCAAAGUCGGUAUAUUCGAGUCUCCCACCGGCACUGGCAAGUCCCUGAGCUUGAUCUGUGGAGCUUUGACUUGGCUACGCGAGCAGAAAAGAAAGACAUUCGAUGAAGCCAUGGCGUCGGUCGAAGUGGAUGAUGAUGAGCCAGCUUGGAUGGCGGAGCAUACACGAGAGACACGGAGUCGCGAGAUACGCCAGAUGAGAGUCGAUUUCGAAGCACGGCUGUCCGCUGUGCGAGAACGUGAGAGGAAGUUGAAAGAGCGCUUGGCCAAUGUUGCACCUCCUUCGAAGCGGCAGAAGCAAUCGCAUCAACCAGAGGAGCAUGUGGACGACAAAGAUCAGUUUGUUCUUGACGAUUACGACAGCGAUAGCGAAAUAAAUACCGAUCAGGCCACAAGCUACUCAUCACAGACAACCAAGUUGAUGGAGAAGUUGGGCAUGAUGCCGAAUGCCGCUGAGCAGAAAGGUGCUGAAGUCGUCGAAGAGCUCAAGAUUUACUUCUGCUCAAGAACGCACUCGCAGCUAUCGCAAUUCACUGGAGAACUCAAACGACUCCAUCUACCACCUGGUCUGCCACCAGAUCAGGACGCCGACGAAUGCGGUGAAGAGCCAACUGAAGAGAUCAAGCACCUCACCUUGGGCUCUCGCAAGAAUCUGUGCAUCAACCCAAAAGUCGCGAGGCUUCCCAGUCAAGUAGCUGUCAACGAACGCUGCAUAGAGCUACAGCAGUCAAACACUCCAGCGGACAGGAAAUGUCCCUCCCUGCCGAACAAAGACAGUGAAGAUCUGAUGCUCGACUUCCGAGACCAUGCACUCGCCAGUAUCCGUGACAUCGAGGAUCUCGCAAAGCUUGGCUCAAGAUUACAGAUUUGUCCCUACUACGCAUCACGACCAGCAAUCAGUCCAGCAGAGAUUGUCACCUUGCCGUACCCCUUGCUGCUGCAGAAAGCCGCGCGGGAAGCGCUCGGUAUCUCGCUGAAAGGCCAUGUGGUUGUAAUUGACGAAGCACACAACUUGAUGAAUGCGGUCGAAGGAAUAUAUUCUGCUCAAAUCUCAGAUCUUCAGCUCAAGCGGGCAAAGGAUGGCUUGAUCGUGUAUCUGCAGAAGUUUCGAAACCGCUUGAAAGGGAGCAACAGGAGCUACUUGACGCAAGUCGUUCGAGUAAUCGACUCGCUGCUUGGAUUCACUGGCAAUGUGGACAGUCAGAAUAGUACCGGAGCUGCAACUACGACAAGUGCGCUGCUGGCUGGCAAAGCCGUGGACCAGAUCAACUUGUCGAAACUCGUGCGAUACAUCAACGAGAGCAAGCUUGCCAGGAAAGUGGAGAGCUACAUUGGAUAUCUUGCGCGAGAGGAGGCGACCAAAAGUCAGAAGCGCUCGAAAGAAUCAAAUGAUAAUGUUGCUGAUGUGCCGACCCUCACCCACGUUCAGAACUUUCUACUCGCUCUCAUGAACCCAUCAAGAGAAGGAAGGUUCCUGUGGUCAAAGGAGAACGGGCAAGUCGUUAUCCAGUAUCUACUGCUCGAUCCGUCCGAGCACUUCCGGGAGAUUGUCGAGGAUGCUCGGGCUGUCAUCCUCGCGGGUGGUACCAUGUCACCGAUGGAUGACUACAGACAGCAGCUAUUUCCUUACCUGGACUCGCUGCGUACAUUCUCAUGCGGCCAUCUCAUCCCUUGCAGCAGCUUAUUUGUGCGAGCAGUGACAUCUGACGAAGUAGGUCCCUUGGAGUACAGCUUCAAGGCACGUAACGACGCCAGCGCUCAACGACUCGGAAGAGCGAUCGAACAGGUUGCCAGCAAAGUCAAAGGAGGGCUUGUCGUCUUCUUUCCCAGCUAUGGGUACCUUGAAAGCGUCACGAAUCUCUGGCGAAAAGACUCGAUUCUGGAUCGGCUAAGCAGCAUCAAACCAGUCUUCUCUGAUAGCCGUACUGUCUCCGCCGAGGACACGUUCAGAGACUACAGCGAAGCGAUUCGAACCGGAGGUAGAGGCGCUGUAAUGCUUUCUGUCAUUGGCGGCAAACUCUCAGAGGGCAUCAACUUCUCAGACGAUCUCGGUCGAUGCGUGGUCGUCGUUGGUCUGCCUUAUCCUAAUUUGAAAACUCCAGACUGGAAGGCCAAGAUGCAGUAUCUCGAGGAACGCGCUAAAGAAAGGGGCGAACCAACUGGAAAGGCGAGCAGAGAGCACGCAGAGAAUGUGUGCAUGAGAAGUGUCAACCAGGCCAUUGGUCGGGCUAUUCGUCACAAGGACGAUUGGGCGAGUAUACUACUGUUCGAUGCGAGGUAUGCGGAGUCUCGAAUACAGGCGAAGUUGCCGGGUUGGAUAAGGGAGAGCACCGAUUCGAAAGCAUGUGGUUCAGUCUCGGACGUUGUAAAAGGGCUUGAAUCCUUCUUUGAAGAGAAAAGGACGUGA